GUCAACCCUUAUCUCAUUUGAUCAAAAAUGAAAAAUUGUUUUAUAAUCAUGUUCUUACCAACAAAGACCAAUCAACGUUCUAUAACUCUGUAAAUAAUAAAGAAAUAAGUGAUUUGGAUGUUUUGAAUACAGUAACAGUUUUAUCAAAAUUGUAUAACAGAAUAAAAUCUUCUAAAGAAGACGAUAAAAAUGCUAUUGUGAAUGUAAUUUUUAAUCUAAUAAAAAUGGAUGGACAUAAACUAGAAAUACCAAUAAUUAUAAAUGUUUUGCAAACAUUAAUUGACUACAAAAUGCCAUAUAUUCAAAAACUUAUUGAAAUUAUUUUAAAAUUCAUUAAAAACCAGUUAAUUAAUUUAACUCCAAAGGAUUAUCAAGAAUUAACUGACAUAAAUUCUAAAAUACAAUCAAAUACGCUUCGACAAUUUGUGCAAAAAGAUUUAUUACAAAAAUUUAAUUUAAAAAUAUCAAUGGAUUUAGAUAGAAAUAAUCUAGAUUUCGUAAUUAGUGCUUUUAUGAACCAUAAAAAUGAUUUAGAAAAACUCAAAUUGGCUUUAGAAGCAGUAAAAAACUGUAACCUUCAAAAUGCAUCGCUUAAUACUAUUUUGAAUUUAAUAACUGCUAUGAGCUAUGUGCCACAUUUUCCAAAAAAUUACUGUAGUAUUUUGAAUAAAUUACAAAUAUAUUUAAUUGAAAAUAUUCAUCAAAUCAAAACCAAUGAUAUUUUAUUUUUAUUACAUAACAUGGUUUUUGCAGCAGACAAUAAUAAAAAUGAAGAAUUUUAUAAUGAAGCACUUUUCAAUAAAUGUGCUGAAGUAAUCACCUCACGUGAUGUCACUUCUUCUAUUGCUGCAGCAUGUUUAAAUUCCUUUAUUCGAAUAAGGCAUAUGCAAAAACAUCUACUAGACUACACUUGUUCAAGAUAUUUUAUAGAAAAAAACAAUGGAGUACGUUUCAAAGAAGAAUUUGUAUUAUCAUCCUUAAUAAAUGCAUAUGCACAAUACAACUUGAAAGAUGUGUAUUUGCAAAAAUUGAUAAAGAAUUAUGAAGAAAUAAUAAAACUAAUUAAAUCGAAAAAGAUCCUAGAUAGUGCUUUAAAUUUUGCAGUCUUUGAAUAUUAUAAUGCCUCCCUAUUGACGAAUAUAUUUAGCAAUGAGGAAUAUUACUUUAAUGUAGCGGGUCGCAAAUUUCUUAACUUAUGGCAGAAAUUAAAGACUACACCAAAUUAUAAUGGACCAGAACCAUCAGAAAAAUGUAUCAAAAAAUUUACUAUUUGGCAUACAAAAUAUAAUUUUGAAUUAUUUCCAUAUCUUGAGAAAGGUUUAGGUGGAUCUAUAUAUAUUAAAAAAAAUCUUAAAACCAAAUUAUAUCAUCAAAUUGAAUACAUAACGAUGUUUAGAAAUGGAGGAUAUCCAAUUGCUAUUAACAACAUUGAGGAUAAAAAUAUAGAAUAUAUAGAGGAUUUACAAGUCCCCAAUAAUUCAAAAAUAGUUCUUAUAUUUGAAAUACCAAAUUACUGGUAUUUUCAAAAUUCAAAUAUUAUUAUAGGCAAAUAUUCAAUGUAUAUAGAUGUUAUUAAGUCUCUAUCUGUUGAAGUAAUACCGAUAAAUUUAAAUAAUUGGAAAACACUUACAGAAAAUGAAAAAAUACCAUAUUUAAUGAAAGAAAUACAUUCU